UGAAUUUGUAAUCAAUAGAGUUUUGCUCAACCCAUUAAUUGUUACUAGGUAACUAUUAUAUAAAAGUCUCUGAAUUAUAAUGGUUAGUUCAUUCAAGUCUUAUUACUCAAACUAAUUGUGUAUCUUUAUUAACCUUCAUUUCAACACUCAACAGUCUAAUUAAAAAUGAAAUCAGCUUUGUCGUUCGUUGUUUGUGUUUCCCUGAUUGUUGCCACUUCAGCAGCUUCAAUACUCAAGAACGAAACUUGUCCAACACCAACUAUUCCUAAAGGAAUCAGUGAUUGGGACUUUAGUUAUUUUGCCCAACAUUGGUAUGAAAUCGGACGAACUCAUGAAACUACCCCAAGAACCGUUUACAAUACAAUCUCAAUUGAUCACUUGUACAAAGGAAAAGUUAGUGUUACCUUUUCAGGAGAUUCUCGAGAAAUAGGAACACAAUCUCUUCGGGACAAAUUGAUAAACUUUGUCGUCGGUAAUUUUAAUGGUAAAUCAUAUUACGAUCUAGAAGAUGAACCUUAUUCGUUCAAUGUAACUACUCCAGAGGGUAAACAAGGUAUUUUCUGGAUGCCUUAUUAUUCAGACUCUGAUCGAUCAGCUGUUCUUUCAACUUGUGUUCAAAAUGAUGAUAAAACUACUGAAAUCAAAGCUUGGUAUGUUUCGCUGGCAAAACGAACGGGUAUCCCAACAGAGGUUAUAGACUUGGUAACUGAAUUAACUGGACGAGGCUUAAUCAACACUUUCCACGGAGAUUUCUAUUAAUUAAUACCGCCCAAUAAUCGAUGUCGUUUGUUUCAAAUUAAAAUACUUUUAUAUCAUGUGUAAUGAGCAAUUUCUAGUUGAGUUAUUACUGGUUAUGUUAAAAUUACAAUAAAUAUACAAUUAUGCAGCA